AUGUCGACCUUAAAGAAGUUCUUUUCAAAGGAUUCUUGUUCACCCAGUGUUUCGUCAGGCUGUGAAAGCUUCAAUUCUUUAAAACCAGAGCUCCAAGAAAGACUUGCUUGUGGCGUUAAGUAUAAUUUGAAGCUUUUAAUUCGUGGCGAACGCGGAACUGGGAAAAGCGCUCUUUUUUCACGUCUCAAGGGAGAAGACUUUGACGUUGAAUAUGUGCCAACUGAUGAAAUUAGGGUUGCUUGUAUUUUAUGGAAUUAUCAGCCAACGAGUGAAACAGUGAAAGUAGACGUCUGGGAUGUUGUCGACAAAGGCCGACAGAGGGAAGUUACACAUGGUACCAAAGCUUCAGGAUAUAUGUCAAAGUUUAAAAAGAGACCACAGAGUACCAAGGCUGUGGCCUCCCUAGACUCUACCUUCAUCGAUGUCUACCAAGGUGCUAAUGGUGUUAUCUUUAUGUUCAAUAUCACAAACAAGCAGACGUUUGAGUAUGUGCGUCGAGAGCUGCCAAAGGUUCCCCAAUCAGUUCCUGUUUUGGUUGUGGGAAAUUUCCGAGACACCGUCGCACUUUCCGACGAGGAGCGUGAGGUUUCGGAGAUAGAAGCACGUUCCUUCACUCAGAGUAUGGUCAGGGCGCGUCAAACCUCCGCCAAUAGCUCCUCUUUGUCUGACGACAAUUUCCGCGACCUCCGAAGACAGUACUUGUGUUCUAUUUUAUUGUUUAAAAGAUGCGCGCCCAUUCGCUACUGCGAAGCCUCAAUGCAGAACGGCUUUGGGUUGAUGUACAUUCACCGUUUCCUAAACAUUCCCUUCCUUCACCUGCAAUGUGCAAAUCUCCUGCAGGCUUUUACGGUCAAUCGACAAGCCUUCUCGGCCGUCAGUCAGCAACUGGACCUAGCAGAGGAGAACCGGGAAGUUAUAUGCUCCUAUGACAAGUGCGUUUUCUGCCAACUUACCUUAUUGCUUUCUUCCCUACCUCCUAUAUUCACCUCAGAGUUUACGCGGUGGCUGGAAACUACCAAGGCGACGGCUACCCUGCCAAAUUCUAGAAGUGGAGUUAAUGGCUCCAGUCGAGCCGCUACACGCACACAGGCGACUCCCCCACUCCCACAAGCCAAUAACCAACACGAGCGCUAUCGACUGCAAAGGCAGCCUGAAUGUCGAAAGCAAGAUGAAUCAGGGAAUCAGUCUCUUCCACAAACAGUGCCAACUGAAGCCGAGGAGGCGGCCUUGCAUGAGUUUCUUCAAUGCUCGCCUCAAAAACACAACCGUUCUACGCCCGCAACGCUCCCGAAAAGUGAUUUGGCCGUGAACCUCGACCCACUUGACCGGCCGUCCGAUCCAGUGGCGUUGGUGGCAGACUUCGAAGAGGACAUAGACCCCGCGGAUGCAGUGCUCUUUGGCGGCGCGAAUGGUAGGCCCAGUACGUGCGACGACGUUGGUGGUGUUACUGCCAGACUGGGCCAACUCGCCGACUCAGCUGAUGACGACCUCAACGAUGAAGAUGAUGAUGACUUAAUGAACGAGGAUGACGAUGAUGAUGAGGAACAUCUAGGACCGGCGUUGGGUCUCGUCUCAACUACACUCACUGACGGUGUCGAAGCUAAGAGGACUUUCACGAAGGAAAGCCGCCACCGACAAUUUGGUCAUGAAGUGGGGUCUCGAUUAUCUUCCACCACGGCCUCGUGUUCAAGUUCGUCGUCGCCGUCGCUGCCUGGGCCCGUUGGUCAGCAGAGCGCUUCCUUGUCCGCGACUCAAACUCUUGCUCUCGAUCCGGCCACUGACCUCGGCACACUGGAGGAACGCAACGCCUUCGAACGCUUCCUCGAUGAUACCUGA